AUGUUCCUCAUCUUUCUGAUCCUGACAACCAUACCUUUCCUUUAUAGAGGUGAAAAAGAUAAUAGUGAUGAUCAGCCAGACGAAAAUAAUUUUAGGAAAGGGCAAUGGACAGCAGAAGAAGAUGCAGUUUUGGCAGCAUAUGUGACAAAACAUGGAACAGGAAAUUGGAACUUAGUCCAGAAAAACACAGGACUGGCUCGUUGUGGGAAAAGUUGUCGUUUAAGGUGGACAAAUCAUCUAAGACCAGGUUUGAGAAGAGGUCCAUUCAGCGAAGAAGAACAAAGUAAAGUCAUUGAGUUACAUGCGUUAUGGGGAAAUAAAUGGUCCAAGAUAGCAGAGAAGUUAACUGGACGAACAGACAAUGAAAUAAAGAAUUUUUGGAACACAAGAAUAAAGAAAAGAAAACGAUUGGGCUUAUCAUGCUACUCAGAUAAGCUACAAUCAGAAGCUAGUGUAGAAGCUUUCGCUCCCUCCUCCGAUAACUCAGAAGCAGGUCCAUCAUCAAAUGUACCACAUUUGACAUUCAACAAUUUCGAUACCAACGGUCAAAAUCAGCCUCAACCAUAUUUUCAUAAUGGUUAUUUUGAGACUGAGGGGAACUUGAGUUGUUGUCAGCUUAACACUGAUAACUGCAGCAAUCAAUAUCUACCUUACAACAAUCAGUUUCAAGGUUAUUCCAUGGGUUAUUGCAUGGAUGAUGAAGGUGCAUCUCACCACCCUUCUUACACGUUUGAUGAAGGUGCAUGUUCAAGUGACCACCCUUUUGACACGUUUGAUGAAGGUGCAUGUUCCAGCUGCAGUGACCACCCUUUUUACACGUUUGAUGAAGGUGCAUGUUCAUGUGGCCACCCUUUUUACACGUUUGAUGAAGGGGCAUGUUCAAGUGACCACCCUUUUUACACGUUUGAUGAAGGUGUAUGUUCAAUUGACCACCCUUUUUACACGUUUGAUGAGGGUGCAUGUUCAAGUGACCACCACCCUUUUUACACGUUUGAUGAAGGUGCAUGUUCAAGAGACCACCCUUUUUACACGUUUGAUGGAGGUGCAUGUUCAAGUGACCAACCUAAUUACAUGGUUAAUGAAGUUGCAUAUGACCCUCAUUGCAUGGUUGAUGAAGGUUUGGUAUCAGAAAUGCCUUUAUGUUCAAGUGGUCCUUGUUUGGGAUCAGAAAUACCUCUACAUUCAAGUGACCCUUGUUCCGUAUCAGAAAUGACUCUACGUUCAAGUGAACCUUGUUCCGUAUCAGAAAUGCCUCUACGUCCAAGUGGUCCCUGUUUGGGAUCAGAAAUACCUCUACGUUCAACUGACCCAUUUUCCGUAUCAGAAAUGCCUCUAUGUUUAAGCGACCCUUGUUCGGUAUCAAACAUACCUCUAUGUUCAAGUGGUCCUUGUUCGGUAUCAGAAAUACCUCUAUUACCAUCAUCAUCCACAGUUGAUGACUCAAUAUUGAAUGACUUAUCAUUUCCAUCAUUUGAUGAUCCAUCAUUUGAUGAUCCAUCACUUUAUGACCAAUACUCAUCGUGGUCACUACCACCGGAUCACACAUCAUUAUCGUUGCCACUAUUGGAUGACUUGUCAACACCCUUGUAUGACUCAUUGAUAGCAAAGGAGGAUAUUUCGACAAAUCAGUACCAUGAAACACUUCCUUCUCUCACCAAUGAGUAUCCAUAA